UUUUGUGCAGGCAACAGAUGUCUGUUUCCAGCAUACAUGUAUGCGCAGUUUGAUAUACCGGAAAUCUUAGGUACACACGAUACAUGUAUCUGGUUUCCGUUGACAAGUAUGGAAAUCUAAACGGCUUUAAGGAGAAAGCUUUCAGACUCAACGUUGUCGUUGGAUGGUGAAGCUGCAGUCGUUAAAGAAAGAACUUCAUCUACAAAACUACAGAAAAUGACGAAGGCUUGUAUAACCUUGCUUACUGUGGCACUCCUCUCCCAUCAAAGCCUUGCAGUACCUAUUUUUAACAUUGGUGGUGUGUUAAGCACACACGAAAAUGAAAUAAUUCUGCAAGAAAUGGUUGAAAAUAUAAAUCAUCAGCUUACUGGAUUUCAGUUCAAUGCCACAUCCAUAAUAAUGGCUAGUAAUCCAAUCCGUGCAGCGCUGUCUGUCUGUGAGGACCUGAUUCCUCAGCAGGUGUACAGUAUUAUUGUGAGUCACCCACCUGACAACAGCCUCUCUCCUGUCUCCGUCUCCUACACCUGUGGCUUCUACUCCAUUCCUGUCAUUGGAAUCUCAGCCAGGGAAAGUGCUUUUUCAGAUAAGAAUGUCCACAAGACGUUUCUGAGGACAGUACCCCCGUACUCCCACCAGGUGGAUGUUUGGAUUGAACUCCUGAAAAAGUUUAGCUGGAGCCAAGUUAUCUUUAUCCACAGUGCAGACGAAGAGGGCUGGGCCAUGCUGAACAGAUUUCAACUUCUGGCAGAUGAAACCAAGAUUGGAGAAGAUGUGUUGACUGUUGAAAAAAUUAUCAAGUUUCCGACUGGCUCAAAAAAUUACACCAAGAACCUGUCAAUGAUACCCUCUCUGCAGUCCAGAGUUAUACUGCUUUAUGCUUCAUCGGAGGAUGCUGACACUAUAUUCAGUGAUGCCCAAGCCUUAAACCUGACAGAAGAAACCUAUGCUUGGAUCGUAACAGAGCAGGCUUUGAAUGCUCAAAAUGUACCCGUUGGGAUACUGGGAGCGUCCCUGGUGAACAGCAGUAAUGAAUCUGCCCAUAUUAAGGAUACAGUGGCACUUUUGGCUCUGGCCUUCAAGGAGUUGUUAUUAAAGCACAAUCUGACUGCUCCUUACAAGGUUUGCCGUGAGAACUCCCUGCCCUGGGGCAGUGGGCCCCUUAUCUACAAAUAUCUACAGGAAUCCCAGCUUAUGCAUGGAGCCACCGGCCAGGUGUCCUUCAACACCCAAGGAGAUAGACUUUACCCUGUGUAUGAGAUCAUCAACAUUCACCCUGCAGGGAAGACAGUGGUAGGAUUGUAUGGCAGUACACAGCCAUGGGCCAUUGAUCAACUUCUGACUUUACGUGAUUCUGGCCUCAUUGUGUAUCCAGGCAAUGUUCAUGAGCGACCCAAAGGUGUAGUCAUUUCUACCCAUCUGAAGGUUCUGACUCUGGAAGAGAAGCCGUUCGUGGAAGCUGAGAUAAAGACCAAAAACGAGUGUGAUUUUUAUAUUGACCCAGAGAGCAAUGAGGCGUAUGAGCAAGUGUAUUGUCCAGCUACAAACAGCUCUACAGGUGCGGUCACAGAAUACUGCUGUUGGGGCUACUGUAUAGAUAUGCUCUUGAGGUUAUCUGCCAGAGUCAACUUCACCUUUGACUUGGAGUUGGACAAGGAUGGUUACUAUGGCAGUUUUCAGAGGUGUAAUGGAACAAAUGAGAGAGAAUGGAAUGGGAUGAUAGGUCAGCUGGUGAGAGGAAAUGCUGACAUGAUAGUCGCCCCUCUGACUGUCAACCCAGAGAGAGCCCAGUACAUUGACUUCUCCAAGCCGUUCAAGUACCAAGGUCUGACUAUUCUUGUGAAAAAGACCACCAAGGAGAGCAGCCUGGCCUCUUUCCUUCAGCCAUUCCAGGACACAUUGUGGAUACUGGUGGGGCUGUCCGUGCAUGUGGUGGCCCUCGUCCUCUAUCUGCUUGACCGCUUCAGUCCAUUUGGAAGAUUUAAGCUGGCUAAGAGUGACGACACGGAGGAAGAUGCUCUGAACCUCUCCAGUGCCAUGUGGUUUGCCUGGGGAGUUCUGCUUAACAGUGGCAUUGGGGAAGGUACUCCCCGCAGUUUCAGUGCUCGUGUCCUGGGAAUGGUGUGGGCAGGCUUUGCCAUGAUUAUUGUGGCUUCCUAUACAGCUAAUCUGGCCGCAUUCCUGGUGUUAGACAGACCUGAGGCAUCGAUAUCAGGCAUCGAUGAUGCAAGGCUGAGAAACCCUCAAGACAACUUCAGAUAUGCUACAGUUAGAAAUAGUGCUGUGGACAUGUAUUUCAAGCGUCAAGUGGAACUUUCAACCAUGCGUAGAACCAUGGAUCCAAUCAACUAUGACAAUGCUGAGCUUGCUAUCCAAGCCGUAAAAAAGGGUGAGCUCCAAGCGUUCAUUUGGGAUUCGUCUCGCCUUCAGUAUGAGGCGGCCAAGGAUUGCGACCUGGUGACAGCUGGGGAACUGUUCGGUAGAUCUGCUUAUGGUAUAGGUCUACAGAAGAACAGCCCAUGGAAAGAAGCCAUCUCCUCGACCGUUCUCAAUUUCCAUGAAAGUGGUUACAUGGAGAAGCUUGAUUCAAAGUUUAUUGUGGUACGGCACGCUACCUGCCCAGAGAGAGAUUCCGCUCCUGCCACAUUAGGAUUGACUAACAUGGCAGGUGUGUUCAUGAUGGUGGCUGGUGGUAUCGUAGCUGGUGUGGUGCUCAUAUUUGUGGAGAUUGCCUACAAGCGUCACCGUGGACUGAAGGACAAAGAGCUUGAGCUGGCUCGCAAUGCUGCAGAUCGUUGGAGAGGGAACAUUGAGAAACGUCGAACAUUAAGACAAACUCUCCAGAAGCAAAGAGAGGAGCAAGCGAAGCGAAACUCAGUGGGAGGAGUAUCUCGAAACCUCGUCACCCCUCCUCUCAACCCUCCCAGCUUUGAGGAAGCCAUGACCUACCCUAUACACCCUCAGUCACAGAAACAAAGGAGUGGAAAUCCCAAACAGCCAGACAACCAUGUGGAAGAAAAUGUGGUUUAAGCUCUUGCUACACAAAAUUUACUGUUUUCAACAGUAAGGAAUUGUUGUAUUUGUUACAAUUUGCCAUAUAAACCUGUAUUUACAGAUGUAUUUACAAUGUUUUUAAUCUUCACUAUUUCAUGUGCAAUAUUAUACUUUUAUUCUAUUGAAUUUUUUUUUUUUUCAUUUUAUUACCUCAGUAUUAUGCCACAUAGCACAUAAUUAUGCUUGGCAAAUUACAAUAUUGUUUUAAGGUGACUCUAGAGCACAAUACUGUAAAUCUUUUCAACAUUUGGAUGUUUUGCAUAAUUUUUCAACACAUUCUGAAUACUUUUGCAUAUUGGAGUGGAUUAAAAUGUACGGUUAAAUGUCUUUUUAGUGCAAUAACACCACAAAUACCAAAUACAUCGUGCUAGUUCAUGACGGCAAAAUGUCCCAAGCUUAACUCUGUCCCAUUCAUGAACCAGCAGGCAAUGGUAUCACCAUGUAGACCUCAGAUUCUGUAUGGACAACUCUAGGCCUGUAAAGAAAACAAGACCCUAUGUAUUCUAAGGAAGAAAGCGAUCUGUCAACCAAAUACCAUUUCAUCUUAUCAGAAAUUAUAUGUUCAGUUUAUGUGUAUGUCAGAAAUGUAGUUUUGAUGAUUAGUGUCUGUCUCAUACAAAAACUUGUCACGAGGUGUGUCUAUACAACUGACUGAGCAUUCUGUAAUACAAAAAAACAGCAGCAGACUGGCAUACGCUGUUUCUAGGUUUGCCCAGGAGGAAGUCUUUUGAUUUGCAAGAAGUGAUGUGAAAGGUUACCUGGCAGUUUGUGCUCCAAAUGCACCGAUCUGGCGGCAGUGGCAAUCAGGAUGGCGGACAAUUCAUAAAUUCAAGGACAAAUGAAGCAGGACCCCGGAGAAGCUGGAAACAAACUAGGGAUACAUUUACAUACACAGAUUCUGCUGGCGAGAAUGCUGUUCAAGCUACCCUAUACUGUAUGCUGCACUUCUCUUCUGUCUUCAACCCCAAGCCCCUAUAUUAUGUUUCAAGGCAGAUGACAAAUCAGUGAUCUUACCAUACAUAGCAUAGUUGUAUGUGUAUCUCCACAGGAUGUAAGCUGAUCUGUAUAAAACCUCAAACUUAUUUGAUUGCUCAUGCAGAUAGCAAAAAGGUGUAGGGGCCAGUAAAGCUGUUCAUUCUUUGGUUUUUAGUGUAUCAACUAGCUAGGUGUAGAAAUGUCUUCCAUAUAUGAUAGUACUCUAUUGUUUACUGUAGCCGACCAAUGUGUGCAGAGACCAAUCAGCAACUUUCAGUGUUCCAGGAAGUAUUUAAAGUCACUUUACAGUCACAUAUACUACUGUAAUAGCAGCUUUCAAGAAUGACUGGUCACCAUAAAAAAUACAUCUGAAGCAACACAAGCUUCAACACAAGAGGUUAGAGAGGAUCAAUGAAUCAAUGAGUGAGAGAGCAGAGUUUACGUCCCAAAGUACAGAAGGAAGAAUUUGAUUGGACCAACUGUAAAACAGGGUAAGAGCAGGUGUUGUUUCGGAUUUACAUUUAGUGUGAAGUCAGCGGCUAUAAGAUCCGAAUGUGAUUGUCUAGAUUGCAACCCCUGCUCAGGGUUGAAUCUCCGAGACUGUAAAUAAACACCACAGACAUUCAAUAUACAUAUAUAUGUAUAUAUCUAUGAUUGUUUUUUUAAGUACGUGUUUAAAGAGUUUUUGUUCAUUGUAUACUACACUGGCUUUUGCCAGUAACUCAUGGUUAUUUAGAUUUACAAAGUACAAGGACUUUAUUUUCAUGUGCAUGUGUGUAUGAAUACUGUGUUUACACAUGUAGUUCUUAUUAUGUGGAAAAGGGGAAUAAAGAGAAAAAAAAAAACAUACCCCCAACUCAGACAAGGAAGUUGUGAAUUUCUCUAUCAUUGUAUUUCAACAAACUGCAAACAGGAACGUGAAUUAUGAAAAUGAUCGUGGCAAUUCUACAUAAUCCAAUCAAUUUGCCAUCUAUGUAUUUUACUUAUAAUGGAUGCAACAGGUACACAACAGACAAUUGAAGGCUGUAUCUCUGUUACUGCUCUUUUUAUUAGUACUAUGUAGUUAUGGUUAUUUAUUAAUUUUUGCAUUGAUCUUGAGUAAUCAUGUUAUAAGUUGAAGAGUGUAUGGUAAUUUUUGUGUCUGAAUUGGUUGGCCUGCAGUAAUGAUUUAUGCAACUUGUGAUUGCAAUGAAUAAUUUGUUUGAUUGAAAUUUUAGGCCGUACUUCACUACCAUAAUGAUGACUGGCCAUCACUGACAGAGCAGUGUAGUGGGAAAUACUGAAUGUCCAUUAGCUGUUUAUCAAUAAUACCACACGUUCCAAAGUGAGAUGAGAUUAUGUGCCCAGUUCUUCUACCCAUAAACCAAAUUGCUGUGGUAUUUAUAGUGAAAAAUAUUCCACUGCAGCAUAAAACCCCAACUGAGGCACUUUUGAGUUAAAGCAGUUUUACUCUUUUAGCAUUAAAAGAGUUUGAACUCAUAACUCUUCCAUUACAUACAUGAAUAUGUCAUGGUUGAUCAGUUUUAUGCAUCCACCCCACUUUACUAGGUUGUGUACUUGAGAAACCUUUUGACACAGAAGCAAAGUUAACGAGAGUGGGAGUAGAGCAUGUGACUUCUCGGAUGACAGGUAUGAAAUGAUGCAGCCUGGACAGCUCAUUCAGUGAAAACCCCUAGCGAUUGAUUGUGAGCCUUAAUAUCUGCAUUGUCUGUUUCAUGUUAAACAGAAUGUACGGUACAU